AAUCGAAAGAACGGUGCACUCUUUCUCCGGCUCUCUGCGGAGGAGAUACCCAUCAGAGAAUUUGUCUGCCAAGACAAAUCAAGGAAUCGCUCUUGCUCGGAGAAUUCUUGGGAUCAUUUAGCGAUCGCUGCUCUUCGGAAUCAGUAAGGCAGAGGCUCAGAAAGCGGGAUGCGAAACCUCUGGGGACCGCAGGGCCUGACCGGGCGGAGGCGAAUGCUUUUUCUCCUGCUGCUGCCUUUGUUCGGCCCCGCGCUCUCAGAGCCGAUCCGCUACACUAUUCCGGAGGAGCUGGCCAGGGGCUCGCUGGUGGGGAAUCUCGCUAAGGAUCUGGGGCUUGGCGUGAGAGAUUUGCCCACUCGGAACCUGCGGGUUAGUGGCGAGAAGAAAUUCUUUACAGUGAGCACCGAGAACGGGGACUUACUUGUGAGCGACCGUAUAGACCGAGAGCAGAUUUGUGGCAAGAAGUCGAUGUGUAUUCUGGAAUUCGAAAUGGUUGCUGAAAAGCCUUUGAACUUUUUUCAUAUAGCCGUAGUGAUUCAGGAUGUCAACGACAACCCACCGACCUUCAGCCGAAAUAUCACUGAACUGGAAAUCAGUGAACUGGCUCUAACUGGAGCCACCUUUGCCUUGGAAUCUGCACAAGACUCAGAUGUAGGAGUUAAUUCCCUGCAGCAGUACUACCUUAGCCCCCACCCACACUUCUCCUUGACCCAGAAAGAGAACCCUGAUGGCAGUAGGUACCCAGAACUGGUAGUAAAGGCUCCCCUGGACAGGGAAAAGCAGUCCUGCCACCACCUGGUCCUCACUGCUAUGGAUGGGGGUGAGCCUGCCAGAAGCUGCACCACCCAAAUCAAGGUGGUUGUGGCAGAUGCAAAUGAUAACCCCCCAGUGUUCACCCAGGAUGUGUACAGGGUCACUGUUCCAGAGAACCUGCCAGUCGACUCCUCUGUGCUAACAGUAAUGGCCACUGACUUGGAUGAGGGCAUCAAUGCGGAGAUCACCUAUGCUUUCAUCAACAUUGGUAAGGCAGCGAGACAACUGUUCAAGCUGAACAGUAAAACAGGGGAACUCUCCACUGGUGGAGAACUGGACUUUGAAGAGAAAGAACGCUAUACAAUUGGAGUAGAAGCAAAGGAUGGUGGACGUCACACAGCACAUUGUAAAAUACUGAUAGAUAUUUUGGAUGAAAAUGACAAUGCUCCUGAGAUAACCCUGGAUUCUGAAUCUAAACAUAUACAAGAAGAUGUAGAGCCGGGGACUGUUGUUGCCCUGAUCAAAACACAUGAUCUGGAUUCUGGAUUUAAUGGGGAAGUCCUAUGUCAACUAAAUGGAAAUGUCCCAUUUAAAAUAGUUCAAGAUACAAAAAACACAUACAAGUUGGUGACAGAUGGAGCCCUAGAUCGAGAGCAGACUAUAGAAUACAACAUCACCAUCACAGCCACUGACAAGGGCAAACCUCCCCUGUCCUCCAACAGAAGUAUCACCUUGAACAUCGCUGAUGUCAAUGACAAUGCUCCUGUUUUCCACCAGGCCUCUUAUAUGGUCAACGUGGCAGAAAAUAACCCACCCGGUGGUUCCAUAGCGCAGGUCAGCGCCUCCGACCCCGACCUGGGACCCAACGGCCAUGUCUCCUACUCCAUCGUGGCCAGCGACCUGGAGCCAGGGACGUUAUCUUCCUACGUGUCCGUGAGCGCGCAGAGCGGGGUGGUGUUCUCGCAGCGCGCCUUCGACCACGAGCAGCUGCGCGCCUUCGAGCUGACUCUGCAGGCCCGCGACCAGGGCUCGCCCGCGCUCAGCGCCAACGUGAGCCUGCGCGUGUUGGUGGGCGACCGCAACGACAAUGCACCAAGGGUGCUGUAUCCGGCGCUGGGGUCCGACGGCUCGGCGCUCUUCGACACCGUGCCACGCGCUGCUCAGCCAGGCUACCUGGUCACCAAGGUGGUGGCGGUGGACGCGGACUCAGGACACAAUGCUUGGCUGUCCUACCACGUGCUGCAGGCCAGCGAGCCCGGACUGUUCAGCCUGGGGCUGCGCACGGGCGAGGUGCGCACAGCGCGAGUUUUGGGAGACAGGGACGCAGCCCGCCAGCGCCUGCUGGUCGCUGUGCGUGAUGGGGGACAGCCACCCCUCUCUGCCACCGCCACUCUGCUCCUGGUCUUUGCGGACAGCCUACAAGAGGUACUGCCGGAUCUCAGCGACCUUCCCGCACCCUCUGACACCCAGGCUGAGCUGCAGUUCUAUCUGGUGGUGGCCCUGGUCUUGAUCUCCGUGCUCUUCCUCCUCGCGGUGAUUCUGGCGGUCGCCCUGAGCCUGCGACGCUCCUCCACCCCUGCUGCCUGGAGUUGCUUUCAGACUAGUGGUGUCUGCUCCAAAACUGGACCUGGGGUUUUUCCCAACUACUGCGAAGGGACUUUGCCCUAUUCCUACAAUUUAUGCGCUGCCUCACACUCCUCAAAAGCUGAGUUUAAAUUUCUCAAUAUAAACCCUGAAAAUGCUCCACCACACGAUCUUCUAUGUAAUGAAGCCUCUUGGUUUGAAAGCACCAGUGAUAAUCCCCCAGUGACUUCUGAGUCAGUCAAUUUGCAACAGGUGAGUUACUUCAAAACCUUUCCUCCCAUAAGUAUAAAUAGGUUUUAA